AAUAUGUUUUUCGUGAAACACAAUAUGUUUAUGAAUAAUUCGACUAUUUCGCCGCAAUAUGCCUCAUGUGGCAAUACCUCCGAAACCUUUGUUAGAGAAACAUGUUAUAUAUUUGCAACAAACAUAUUUUAUGCCAGUGAAUCACCUUUUCACUGGCAUAUAAUAUGUUUCACAUAUACAUCAUAAAUCUAAAAAUAGAAAAUAAAUCAUCACACGACAUCGUUAAUUAUACCAAACAUUAAAAAUCACACCUCCGUAUUAAUUUAUUAUUCACGCUGGAAAUUCAUAACUCGUAGGAUUCCCAAAAAAUGUUGACAAUUGUAUAUUUAAAUCAAGAAUGUUAGCUGGUUUGAUCAGUUCUACAAGAGUGUUUAACACAAUAGGAUUGACAGUGACAAAAAAUCUCUUAAAAUGGCUUUCAAAAUAACCUUCUUAGUAACAGUAUUCGCCGUGAUGCUGUGCAUGGUAAACGCGAAUCCAUUUGGUGGUUACGGAUUUGGAGGUAGAGGUUUUGGCGGUGGAUUUGGCGGUGGAGGUUUCGGAGGUGGAUUUGGCGGUGGAUACGGAAGAGGUUUUGGAGGCGGUUUUGGACACGGAGGCGGAUUUGGCCCAGGUUUUGGCCAUGGUGGAUUUGGUGGUGGCUAUCGACAAGGUUUUGGCGGUUUCGGUGGUUUUGGCGGUUACGGUCGCCAUUUCUAA